AUGGCUGUCUUUCUUCUUCUUCUUCUUCAUUUGUUUCUCAUUACUCCAAGAGUUGCACUGCAGAGCCAAGGCCAAAAUGGAGUUAUUUGGACUGUCAAGAAGGAUAUCACUAGGUAUUCUUCUUUGCUUCUGACUAAUCAAACACUUGCUGUUUAUAUUGGGAACAUUGUUAAUAGUAAAUAUACUGGGGUUUAUCAUGUAGAAAUAUUUGUUCAUUUUUAUCCUACUGAAAAAGUGAGAAACCCCUUUAAGGGAUUUGAUUCUGUGGCUGAUUUAAUCGCACCCGUAUCGCGUAAUUUGCCGUUGAAUGAUGGUUUGGCUGUAUUGGAAAUUUAUGUGUCUUUUCAUGAGAAUGAUGAGUUCUGGUAUGGAAAUUUGCCAAAUGAGUAUAUUACUGCAAAUAAUCGUCGGGAAAUGGUUGCUUUCAGAGAGGUGAUAGUAAGUGUGGAUGAUGGUGUAGUUGCUUCAGUUUGGCCUUUUACUGUGAUUUAUACUGGUGGUAUCAAUCCUCUGUUGUGGAGACCUAUCAGUGGAAUUGACUCAUUUGAUCUUCCUUCAUAUGAUAUUGAAAUUACGCCGUUGUUAAAGAAGAUCUUAGAUGGAAGUUUUCAUAAUAUUUCGUUUAGUGUUACAAAUGCUUUGAAUGUGUGGUAUGUUGAUGCAAAUUUGCAUCUUUGGUUGGAUAAAAAGAGUGUAAAAACAGAAGGGAAGUUGUUGGAGUAUAGUAGUUUGCCCCUUUCUUUUUCACUCGCGAGUAAUUUUACUGGUCUUGAUGGUUCCUUUGUGACAAAUGCUCGUAGAUCGAUCUCAAUGACUGGAUGGGUAAAAUCAUCUUAUGGAACAGUCACAACGACAUCAUCUCAGAGUUUGAGCUAUAGUAACUAUAUGGUUCUUGAAUCCUUCAAAAAGUUUCAGCUUCACUUGUACUCUGAUGGUGUUGAGAUAGGAGAUAAAAGCUAUGCUUCUAUCUCGAAUGUGACUUUGAUAUUCCAUGAAAAGAGGUUGAAGUAUGGAUCCUCAGCCAGCUCUGUUCACAAUCUGCAGAACGCGCAGGGGUGUAUGCUUGUAAAGGAUCAGUCGAUAGACAGUGGAGUCGGGAGCACACAACAGAUAUACAAAUACAACGACGACAAAGGCUGCUACUUCAGGAACAUAAGCAGCUCAAAUUACACAGUGCUUUAUGACAAGGUGAUCCAUAGUUGCAGCAAAUUAUUGAUCAAUACUGUAUCAUAG